UUGCGUUGCGAGAUUCUGGCAGCAAAAUGAAAAUGAAACGGCAUAUAGAUCUCUUAAAAUUCAUCAAAGAAGAAAGGACGUGCAUGGUCUUUGGAGGAUUUUAUUCGAUAGAGAAGUACAAAGUAUUACACAAUCUUUCAGCAAUUCUGAUCAUGACAGUAGUAUCGCUGUACAAUUUACUAGGUCUUGUACAUGGAUUUCAGCACAUCUCAAACGUAGCGGUAUUUUCUCAGUCAAUUGCUUAUCUCUUAACAGGAAUAUCAUUUUCAUGCAAAAUGAUUAAUUUAAUUAUGCACAAAAAUAACUUGCUACUAUUGGAUGAGAUUUUACAGAACCCUAUAUUCACUGAACUCGAGACGACGGAAGAAGAAGUAGUUUUGAAGAAUACAUUAAAAUUUGGUCAGACACUUAAAAAGACUUAUAAAUUGUAUACUAGCGCAACAGUUACAGUUCAAGUGUUAUACCCGAUGAUAAACAACCCUGGCCAUAAAAAUUUUCCUUUACUCUUUUGGUUUCCGUUCAAUCCAGAGGAUCACUACUACAAAGUUUACUUUGCGGAGAUACUGAUGAUUUUUUGUAUAUGUACUUUCAAUGUCACUGUGGACCUUCUGAACGUACUCUUCAUGGAUUUGUGUGCUGCACAAUUUGAGUUACUUAAAUACAGACUGAAACACUUUGGACGGGAAUUUCAUGGAGGAGAAGCAGUAAAUGAUAGGACGCUGUAUGAGAAACUGAAUAAGAUUAUUGUCCAUCAAAAUUUAGUAUACAGAUUUUCUAAGCUGACAGAAGAGACAUUUUCAGCGGGCGUUUUUUGCCAUUUGGCGUGUACCGUCAUAGUGCUCUGCUGCGCUAUUUUCAAGGCAGUGAUCACUCCUAUCAACAGCAUGCAAUUUCUGAUGAUGGCAACGUAUUCUUUUUGCAUGACAUUGGAAGUUUCACUGUACUGCUGCUAUGGACAGAAGGUGUUGGAUUCAAGCAGCACAAUUACAGAAGCAUGUUUCAUGGCAAAUUGGUACAAUUGCAAUGUGAAAGUUCAGGAAGAUUUGGUGAUUAUCAUGAACAGAGCAAACAAAUUUGUCACCAUGAAAGCAGGAGGCAUGUUCCCUUUGACUUUGGAGACAUUAAUGAGGAUAUGGAGUUCUGCAUAUUCAUUCCUCACUUUGCUUAUGCAAAUAUACAAUGAAAAUUAUUAAGAACUUUCCGCACGUAAUUAUCAUGUACUUGCACUUGAGACACUUAUAGUUGUUGAUAGAGUGCACUGUAUUUUCUCAAGUAGGUAAUGUAGUAAAAAAUGUCACCACUUUUUCAACUGUAUUGCACCUAAUGAAUGAAUAAAACUUUCCGAUGUUUGCAUCUAAUAUAAUAAUGGUUAUUAGGU